AUGCGUAGGGCCCCGUCACAUCCUAACUCUAGCGGAGAAUCGAGGAAACACGCAGUCUCGCGCUCGCCUCGCCAGCACAGAAAACGUACUACCAUUGACUAUAAAUCCUUAAAAGACAACGCAUGUAGUACUAAAAAGCGUAGCCAGCAAAAUAUCCUAGCGGAGAUUAGCAGAACUAGUUCAGUACCUCUAUGCGGUGUCGUUCCUAGCGGCAAUGGCUGGAAACUCGUGUUGUGUUCCCCGCCCCCCCCACUACACCUCAUAUCCUUUGAUUGGGUGGGUAGACCACGCCUCCAGCAAGCCCCGUCCCCACUACGCUACCUGUCCUGUGAUUGGCUGAGUAGACCACGCCUCCACUUAGUCCAACCCCCACCAGAGCGCACAAAACUAGUUGAAUCUCUUUCAAACUUCACUGUACAUCUUGUGUACUCGCACGCCUGCAGAAAAGCCAUGGACCCCUGCCUAAGAAAGACUACUAAGCCAAUGAAGCCAGUGGCAGGCAUCAAAAGAUCGAAACUUCAGGAGGCGUUGACUGGAGGUAUUAAGAAGACGAAAUCAUCAACUCCUUUUGAAACCCUUGUCAACAAGACUCUCUCGCAGCCGGGAUCCUCUUCUUCUGCUUUGUCUGACGAUGCAAAGAAAACAACUACAAUAUCUACUCAAUCUUCCCAAGAGCCUGGAUCUUCCCUUGCCACCAAGACUCAGUCGCAGCCGGGAUCCUCUUCUUCUGCUUUGUCUGACGAUGCAAAGAAAACAACUACAAUAUCAACUCAAUCUUCCCAAGAGCCUGGAUCUUCCCUUGCUGCCAAGACUCUUUCGCAGCCAGGAUCUUCUUCUGCUUUGCUUGAAGAUACCAUAAAGAAAUCUUCUUCUGGUAACACUUCAUUGAAGCAACGGUCUGAUUCAUCGUCUUCCUCUUCUUCUUCUUCGUCAUCGUCUUCUUCAUCGUCCUCGUCCUCUUCUUCUACGUCAUCGUCCAAAAAUCAAACAAUUAAGUCCCCUCUAUCCAUGCUUCUCUCUCCCAUAAUUCUCUCCUUGCUAUCUCCUAUUAAAUCUCCAGAAAAGCCAUCCACUCCCAAACGUAAGCCAUCUCCAAAACCUCAACCACAUAGCCUAACUCUUCCUAAUUUAAAUUCCUCCUCGAACCAAAUGCCUGACAUAGAUUCUCCUGAAAUUACCAUUCCAAAACCCCCACCCAAAUCCCUUCCUGCUGCACCCACCGUUGUUAGAAAACUCUUUACUAAAACUGAAUCCUCAAAAGAAUCCCUUCCCUCCCAUUCAAACCCUUCUGAAAAAUUGGAAAAACUCAUGGCCAAAAGACGAGCUGCAUUUAAGCCCAAGCCAAAAUGUUCUUAUAUUUUCCAAAAAGGGGUGAAAAAAGGUGAGCGUUGUGAAAAGUCCUGCUUUUCUGAUGCUAAUGUGUGCAGCCUCCACACUAAGGGGAAAAGCAGGAUGGUACCCACUCAACCUACAAUUAUUAGCAGCAAACCUGUCGCUACCAAUCCUCAGUCAUUUGAAAGACCAUCAAUAAUUGUCAAAAGCCAGGCUCAGGAAAAAUCUUGUACAUCUGAUCCAACACCGAGCACCUCACGUGUUGUUGUGAUGGACAAGAUUUUACCUAGCCAACCACGAACGUCAGGCUUUGCUCGACCCUGUCGUCCACCACAAAUUCAAGCUAAAAAAACCAGAAUUGAUAGGCUACCCAAAAACCAUUACAUCUCAUGA